AUGGAGGCAGCAGGCGGGGGAACGACGAUGAAGACGGUGUGCGUGACCGGCGCGGGCGGGUUCGUGGCCUCAUGGCUCGUCGAGCGCCUCCUCGCCGGCGGCCGAUACAUGGUCCACCGCACCGUCCGCGAUCCCGGCGACGCCAAGAACGCGCACCUGCUGGGGCUGGACGGCGCCGCGGAGCGGCUGCGGCUGUUGAAGGCCGACCUGUGCUCGACUACGGCAGCGUGGCGGCGGCCAUCGCAGGCUGCGGCGGCGUCUUCCACGUGGCCUGCCCCGUCCCCGACUAUGCCCUCACUGACCCCGAGGCACCAGCACUCCCGCGCCCUUUCUCCCCUCUGCCUCGACAAUGCAAUGCAUGCCUUUUCAAUUCGUGUGAUCUCCAUCGGAGACAGACAGUCACCGUGUCGAGAUUCUGGCUCCUGCCGUGACGGGCACCAUGAAUGUCCUCAGGGCGUGCUCCGAGGCCGAGGUAGUCAAGAGGGUCGUCGUGGUGUCGUCUCUCUCGGCUGUGAUGAUAAAACCUGA